CAAAGUUUUGGGGACGUGAGCAAUCAGUUUUCUUUUUGUAUUUAUUAUCUAAAAUAACAUCUCUUCAUGCACAGCUCGGCUCUGCAAAUCUUUAGACGGUUUCGCGAACCGAAAUUGCUAGGCACUGCAGCUGAAGUAAAGACGUGUAUAGAUUCGAUCUUUAUCAGACGCAAAGUGGAAAUAGCAAUGUUGGAUGACGAAAAAUUGAGAGACUUGGAUAUUCCUACACAAGAAGAAAUUAAUUCGUUAUCUUGGCUACGCACUGCGGCUCCUGCUUUUCCAGUGAAUAGCUCAAAGGUCACUAUAAUUGACAAGCCACAAGCAUUCUAUAGUACUUUGUUAGAAAAAUGCAGACAUGCUAAGAAGAGAAUCACGUUUGCCUCCUUGUACUUGGGUACUGGCGCCUUGGAAACUGAACUGGUGAAUGUCAUAGAGCAAGCAAUUAGCAUGAAUGGCGGCAAUAUUAAAGUACGGAUCCUACUAGAUUAUAUGAGAGCUUCCCGAGGUAAGCAGAAUUCCCGGAAGAUGUUGGAGCCACUACUUAAAGGUAAAUACGGAGAUUGUUGCAAGGUUUUCCUCUAUCAUACACCAAAACUACGUGGUGUGAUGAAAGCAGCAAUCCCAGAUCGCUUUAAUGAGCUCAUCGGUUUGCAACAUAUGAAGCUGUAUAUGAUCGAUAAUGAGUUGAUCAUUAGCGGGGCGAAUCUCAGCAAUGAUUACUUCACAAAUCGACAGGAUCGAUAUUUCAUUAUAAAAGAUUGCGAGGAGCUUUGCAACUUUUAUAAUAAAUUGGUCGAGAAAGUAAUGGAAUUCAGCUUUUUAUUACAACCGGAUGGCAAUACGAGUUUAAAUCCUGCUGCGAACUGUCAUUUUUACAAAGGAUUCGGAAAAAGCUUUACCCAAGAAGCAGCGUCCAAGAUACAAAUAUUUUUAUAUAAUGAAAUAGAAAAGAAUGCCGAUCUCAAUAAAGAUGCAGACACAUGGAUAUUCCCAUUAGUUCAAAUGGGCCAGCUGAAUAUUUAUCAUGAUAGUGAAAUAACAUUGAAGCUUUUACAAACUGCUCCAGCAGGAGCUAUACUCAAAUUAGCAACGGGUUAUUUCAAUUUGACUUCCGAAUAUAGUCAAGCUGUGCUUGGAAAUUGUCAAGCAACAUGUCACUUUUUGACAGCACAUCCAACUGCCAAUGGUUUCUUUAAUGCCAAAGGAAUUGCCGGAGGGAUACCAGCAGCGUAUACCAGAAUAGAGAAAUCCUUUUAUAAUUUAUGUGAGAGAAUGAAACAGCAAAGGAGGAUAACGUUAUGGGAAUUUGUCAAACCGGGAUGGACGUAUCAUGCCAAAGGUCUUUGGUAUACUUUGCCAGAUCAACAAAAGCCCUCGUUAACUCUUAUAGGCUCGCCAAACUUCGGUUACAGAUCGGUGAAUAAGGAUCUCGAGACGCAGAUAGCUAUAAUGACAAGAAAUGAGAAAUUGCAAGAUGCGUUACAUGAAGAACAGGUACGACUGUUCUCCUAUGCUAAACCUGUUACGAGAAAGACUUUCUCGCAACAAGAUAGAAUACCACCAGCCUGGGUAUGCGCGGUUGUACUCUUCUUUCGCUACUAUUUUUAAAGCCAAAAUGCCUUUGUAAAA